GUUUGUUAUUGUUGACAAUUACAUGUGAUUGAAUUUUUUGGAUAAGCUAAAAUUAAAUUUUAAAAAUGCCUUUUAAUAACGAUCAAUUACGAUAUAAAGGAAGAUUUGUAAAGAAAAAGGUCCUUGAAAAACGAACAAAAGCGAUUGUUGCUAUGAAUAACGCUAAAAAAUUAAAAACUCAAUCUUUAAAAACUGUGUGUCGUGGUCGACGUAUUGUAGAAUUACAAGAGCUAGGAAAAAAUUUAAAAUGUCGUUUAUGCAGUAAAGUUUUAUCGCUUGAAAAAAUAACUCAUGAAAAACGCAUGGGACUUAAUUCUAUUUUGAAUGUUAAAUGUGAGGAUUGUAAUGUUAUCACAUUAGUACCUACUGGUAAAACUCAUCUCACAAGGAGUGAGGUUAAGCAAUCAGAUGUCAACACAAAAGCAGUUCUAGGUGCUGUUCAUUCUGGUUUUGGCUGUACUGCUCUAAAUAAAUUACUUGCUUCGAUGAAUAUUCCUCCAAUAUCGUGGAGCCUAUACAAAAAAUAUGAACGAGAAAUUGGUCCAGCAAUAGAAGAAGCUGCAAGAGACAGUUGCAGUCAUAGUGCAGCAGAAAAGCGUCAACUUAUCAUUGAUAAAUUAGAUGAAAUGAAGGCAAAAUUGUAAUACUUU